AUGGCCAUUACCUUGUCUGACUUGCCCAAAUUCAUCUGCGCUGUCCUGUUGCCGCCGGUUGGCGUGUUCUUCGAGAAGGGUUGCGACUAUCAUUUGGCGAUUUGUAUUCUGCUGACCAUCCUCGGAUAUAUCCCUGGCAUCAUCUACGCGUGUUACAUCAUUCUUGCAUACUAG